AUGUGGAUCAAAGAAAUCAUUAUCGAGGGUUUCAAGUCUUAUGCAUAAAGGACAGUAAUAACGAAUCUAGAUCCGGAAUUCAAUGCCAUUACUGGAUUGAAUGGUUCAGGCAAAUCCAAUAUUCUGGAUGCAAUUCUCUUCUGUUUGGGAUUGAGCAAAGAAUACGACACACUUCGUAUUAAGAAAUUGCAAGAGUUGAUUUAUAAGAACGGUGCAGCAGGAAUUACAAAAGCUGAAGUGACUAUUGUCUUUGACAAUCGCAGCAAAGAGUAGAGUCCAUUGGGAUAUUAGGAUUGUGACAAGAUCACAGUAACCAGAUAGAUUACAGCUGAUAAAUCCAAAUAUUUCAUUAAUGGCAAAUCCGAAACCUAGAAGAACUUCAAAAAUAUGUUCAGAUCAGUCCAAUUGAACAUAGAUAAUCCUCAUUUCUUGGUGGCAUAAGGCAGAAUAACUAAGAUUAUCAAUCUUAAACCGUAAGAACUAAUAAGUAUGUUGGAGGAGACAGCAGGAACUUCGUUGUAUAAUGAGAAAAAAAGAGAGGCUUAGAAAUUAAUAUAGAAGAAAGAGGAGAAGCUAAAAUAAGUAAAUGAAAUCAUUGAAACUGAAAUCUAACCUCAAAUGUAGAAAUUGACUGAUGAGAAGAAUAUCUUCUAAUUAUGGAGAGCUUAAGAAGCAUAAAUCUUGGUUUUGAAGAAGGAUCUAUUUAGUUAUGAUUACUAUUAGAAGGCUAAGACUUUGAGAAUGAAGAAAAACGAUUUGCAAAUUGUGAACGAAUAAAUUAGUAAUCAAGAAGAGAAGAUGAGAUACGAAAAUGCUGAAAUAUCCACUAUCUAAGAGAAAAUACAGAGUUUGUAAGAGUAGAAUAGGAACAAUAAAUACGACCAAAUUACAGAAAAAUACAAGGAAAAAUAAAAGUUAGUGAAUACCUUAGAGAAAUAAGUGUAAAAUACCAGGAGACAAAAAGAAACUAUAGAGAGUGAGAAGAUAAAAUUAGAACAUGCAUUAAGAACAUAUCAAACUGAUAAAGAGAGAACAGAUUAGAAAGUAGAAAUAGCUGAUCGACAAUUAAAGUAAGUGUCAGAUGAAUUGAAAGAGAAGAAGGAGCUCUUGGAUGAAUAAACAGGAUAACAAAACUCAUCUGAAGAUGGUAAUAUUGCUUAAAAUGGUAAAUAGAUGAUUUAAAGGUAAAUUAAUGACACCAUUUCUCAUAUAGAUUCUAAUAGAAAAGAUUUAGAACAAGUAAAUGAACGUUUAUAAAGAAUUGAUAAUCAUAUGUUGAGUUCAAAGACUAUUUAUGAAUAAAUGUAGAAAGAAGCUACUAAUCUAGACACUAAAAUUGAGUUAUUAAAGAAAAGAAUAGAAUAAAGUGAAUCUGAGAUUCAAAAGUCAUCCAGUUUAGAAUAACAAUUAUUGGAUUUGAAAUCAAAUAGAGGAGAUUUAGAUUAAUAACUAUUAGAAAUUAAGAAACAAAUUUCAUAAUCAUAACCAUUUAUAUUUCAGUUGAAUUUGUCAAGAAUGAAGGAUUGGGAUUAGAAUAGAGUAUAUGGUAAAUUGUUCAGUUUGUUCGAAGUGAAGGAUGAAUAAUAUAUGAAAGCAUUGGAAUUCGGUGCUGGAGCAAAGUUAUAAAAUAUAGUUGUUGAUGAUUCUACUACAUCCACAUACUUGUUGAAGAAUAAUAUAUUGCAAACUCAUUCCUACAUAAUCCCUAAUAAAGAAAUUCAAUCUAGUGAAGCCAAGAAGGAGUUUGUUUAGGCUGCGGCUCAAAUUGCAAAGGAGAAUGAUGGAUUCGCUAAACCUGCUAUCGAUUUAAUUUCCUUUUCAGAUAAAGUGAUCAACUCUAUGAAAUUUGUGUUUGGUAAUUUCAUCAUUGCUUCAUCUAUGGAUAUUGCAAGAAAGAUUGCCUAUCAUCCUUCAAAUGUCUAAAAAUGUAAAGUUGUUACUAGGGAUGGGGAUAUUGUUGAUCCAUCUGGUACUUUGACUGGUGGUUAUACUAAUGAAAAGGCACAAUUACUACCUAAAUUUAAAUCAUUCAAUAAAUGGAAUCUAGAAUAUAAAGAUAUUCAAGGAUAAAUUGAUAAAAUUGAAUCUUAAAUUGAGAAGAUUAAAUAAGACAUUGAAUUCAAGGAAUAAUUAAAUAGGGAAAUAACUUAAGAUAAAUAUCAAUUAGAACAAUUGAUGAUCAAACAAAGAAAGAGCAAUCAAUUCAAUUUCUAGAAUGAAUAGAAUAAGUAUCUUAAUGAAAUUCAAGAUCUAUAAGUUGAAUAAGAGAGACUCAAAAAACAAAUCAAAGAAGGUGAAGAUAAAUUAAUAGAAUUGAAAAAAGAGUUAUAAUUAAUUCAGCAGGGUAAGAACACCAAAGAAUUGAUUCAAGCUUAAAUAGAUAGGACGAAAAAGGAAAUUAAUAAAUUAAAGCAAUAGAUAGAUCAAUAAAAGAAGGAAUUGAUUUAAAAUCAAGUGGAAAGUCAAAAUUUUGAAUAAGAAAUCGCUAAAUGUACUAAGAAAAUCAAAGAAGAAACAAAUAAUUUAGACAAAACUUCCGCUACAUUGGAUUCAAUAAUCCAUGAAUUGAAUACAAACAAAGAUUAAUUUUUGAAAAUAACUGAGGAAAAGAAUUUAUAUGAAAGUAAAAAUGCUAUUCAUAACAAUUAAAUGACUAGGUUAUUAGAGUAAUUGUAAGAAAGAUAGAAAUUCUUGAAUUCUACAGUCGAACAACUAAAUGGACACUAAAAUGAACUAAAGAAAUUAGAAAGAGAACAGCAUGAUCUGAAAUAACAAUUGAAGUCAUUAGAAGACUAGUAUGAUUUUAUUAGAUAAGAUAAAAAUGAAUUAUCUUAAGACAGACUAUCAGAGAAAUUCAGAGUGCUAGAGACAAUGGAAUAUGAAAAAACUAAAUAAUAGUUCUAGAGAUUGGAACAUGAUCAAGGGAAAUUAGGAAAACAAGUUAAUUUUAAGGUCGAAGCUAUGACUGAAUAAGUUGAAAAGGAAUUUUAGUCUUUGAAGGACAAAAAAUUAAUUUUAGAAAAUGAUAAGUCCAUGCUUAUUUAAAAUAUGGGAGAAUUGGAUGACAAGAAAAUUAAGACUAUUGAAAAAUGUUUCUUGGAAGUCAAUAAGGAUUUCUCAUCUAUUUUCAGCUCAUUGUUACAUAAUGCCUAAGCCAAAUUAGGUAGAUUGGAUGGACUGUCAAUUGAGGAUGGAAUAGAAAUGAAUGUGUCGUUUAGUCAUCAACAGAAAAAUCUAUCAGAAUUGAGUGGAGGAUAACGAUCUUUAUUGGCCUUAUCAUUUAUACUUGCUCUAUUGAAAUACAAGCCUGCUCCUUUUUACAUUUUAGAUGAAGUUGAUAGUGCUUUAGAUUUAUCACAUACAGAAAACAUUGGUUAGAUGUUGUCUUAGAAUUUCAAGUAAUCUCAAUUCUUACUGAUUUCGUUGAAGGAGGGCAUGUAUUAGAAUGCAAAUGUUUUGUACAAAGUUCAAUUUGUAGAUGGAGUAAGUAAAAUUGAUAGACAUGAACUAAAAAAGAAGAAAUAAUAAUAAUUAAAAUGA